GUACUCAUGACCAACACAAUACACACUAGUACGUACUCAAUUGUCUCUUGAGAAGUAGCAUCUAUUCUAUAAACUAAAUAGCAAUGGGUGGGUUGAUGAAGUUGGCAUGCGUGGCUGUGUUGUGCAUGGCGUUGGUUGGUGCACCAGCGAAGGUUGAAGGGGUGUCAUGCGCCCAAGUGAUACAGAACCUGACCCCGUGCCUAAAUUACCUGAUGCAGGGUGGAUCGCCUACGCAGAACUGCUGCAGCGGAGUGAAGAGCAUUCUCGGCGCUGCCGGCACCACCGCCGACAAACAAACCGUGUGCAACUGUCUCAAGGAUGCUGCUAACAGGUUUCCCAUCAAUGACAACAACGCUCAGGCACUCCCUGGCCUCUGCGGUGUCAGCGUCCCUUACAAGAUCAGCCGCUCCACCAACUGCGCAGCCAUUAGGUUCUGAAGGAGCUAUUAGGUUUGCUAGUUUCUGCCGCGGGAUACUGAGGCAGCAGUGUAACACUUACUGUUAUCAGAAAUAAGAGAAAGCGAGUGUGUUGUUGUAUCAGUUUGUUUCAGACACUUGGUGUGUUUGUUUGGGUGUGAUUAAAUGUAUCUUAGUUGAUUGUUGCAUGCAACAAUCACUCAGUAUUUGAUAUGAUAAUUCCAUGUUACUGUAAUUGUUGCGUACCUUGUUCUCAAAUCAUUUUAAUUUAUAGCUCUAUUCUACUCUGGUUUCUUCA